UGCUCCAUUAUUGGGUAUAAAAAGGUCCCUGUUCGACGAACAAUGUCGUUGAAGCAACCUGUCGCCGUCGCACACACUCCAUUCUGUUUUUAAUAGGUAAUAAAACAGGUUAUUCCUUCAAGGUCGAAACCCUAAUUUCUGUCUUUGAACAGCUAAGCUUUUCUCAGCUUACCAGGCCUAACUACUUGUGUUCUGGAAAUGGAAUUGAUGGGUGUUGAUAAUACUAAUGGAAGUAUCGAAAGGGUGCCUAGGGUAAAUGGAAAUGGAAAUGGAAAUGGUAUUGAUCUUUGGCCAGUUUCACCCGAGGAGUCCGGGGAAGGUUUGCCGUAUGCUCCUAUAAAUUGGCCAAAACCUGGUGAUAACUGGCGUUGGAAAGUGGGGAGGAGAGUAGCCAUAACCGGCCAUUAUCUGGAUAGAUACCUGUAUCCUCCAAAAUAUUUUCCUCGUCGUGACUCAACAAGUAGGAAAAGUGGUUUUGCAAGCAAGCUUUCUGUUGAACGGUAUAUUCGAACAGUAUUUCCUCACGAAGACGUCAAUAAAUUUUUUGCCUCAUUCAGCUGGAAGAUCCCUGCAAUAAAGAAGUUAUCAGUAAAUGGUAAUGUAGGAGGACGAACUCUUUUUCCUGCAUUUUCUGAAGAGAUAGCAGAACAUUCUCGGCCUGAUUCCCCAUCAGAGGAUGUGGGCUGUAAGGCCAGAAAUAAUAUGUGCAACAGUUUGGUUGUGCAAGCAGAAAACUCAUCUUUAACUGCCAUGCCUUGUGAUAUUUGCUGCAACGAACCUCGGUUCUGCCGUGAUUGUUGUUGUAUUCUCUGUAGCAAAACUGUGAAUUUGAAAUAUGGAGGCUACAGUUACAUCAAAUGUGAAGCAAAGGUGGGUGAGGAUUACAUAUGUGGACACAUUACUCACUUGAACUGUGCUCUGCGUUGUUACAUGGCUGGGACUGUUGGAGGAAGCAUUGGGUUGGAUGCUGAGUACUUAUGCCGUCGCUGUGAUGCAAAGACAGAUUUGGUUCCACAUGUUACAAGACUUGUAAAAAUAUGUGAAUCUGUUGAUUCCUCAGUUGAUGUUGAGGAAAUUUUAAAUCUCGGUGUCUGUAUUUUGCGUGGUUCAGAAAAGACCAUUGCUAAGGAAUGGCUAAGCCGUAUUGAACUGGCAAUUCGUAAGCUUAAAUGUGGGACUUCUCUUGAAGAUAUCUGGAAAGUUGAAGAUGCUGACUUGGCCAUUUUUACAGGUAAUGGUCCAGUAUCUUAUAUCCCAAUUGAGAUAGCAAUUAUCCUAACCAACAAAUCCAUGUUGUUUGAUGCUCGUUGA